AUGGGGGCCCCUGGGAGCGGCCCGGAGCUGGGCUCGGCGCCCCGGCACAUCGGCACCGCGCAGCCCCCGGACACGGGCUGGGAGCGGCUGCGGGAACUCUGGCACCGCGAUGAACUACAGCAGUACCCAGAAGAAACUCUCAACAUUAUCAAAGCUACGUUUUCAGGGGCUGUCAUUGGCUGGGUGUAUGGAGGUUUGCCAGCUUUUCACCACGCGAAGACACAAUAUAUUGAGCGGAGCCAAGCGGAGAUUUUUCAGAACCGUCUGGAUGCUGUGCAAUCUGCACAUCGUGCUGCAAUCCGUGGAUUCAUCCGUUACGGCUGGCGCUGGAGCUGGAGAAUUGCUACUUUUGUGGCAAUAUUCAACACAGUGAGCACUGGUCUGUCCGUGUACCGCAAUAAAACCACCUUCAGUCACUUUGCUGCCGCAGGAGCCUUUACAGGAGGCCUGUUCAGAAUGCAUUUGGGCCUGAGCAGAAUGGCAGCUGGCAGUGUCUUUGGAGCAGCAUUCGGCAUCCCUGCAGGAGGGCUGUUGAUGGCAGUGCAGAAGCUCGCUGGUGAGACCAUACAGGAGAAAAGAACACGUGAGAGAAGAUUGCUGUAUGAACAGAGGUUUGCAGAGUGGAAAGCUAGGCUUAAUGUUACUGAGUUUGACUUGGAAGAAAUUGUCAGUAACACUCCGGAAGGAACCAUGGAGAGAGAUAUGGAGAAGAUCCAAGAGUUGUUAAAUCUUCCCAAGAACCCUCUGCCACCGGAAGAUAGGAACUAGUCUGAGCUCUGACUUCAGUCAAGGCAUCUUGGAAGAUUGGCGUGAAUCUGUUUCUGUAUCUGUUGUUUUCAGCAGCAGCAGUUUGACAACAAUGUUGUGGAUAUGCAUCAUGACGGAGGGAGGGUUCAAGAGCUUUAACUGGAGUAAUGACCAGUGAGCUGUGUUUUGUGUGAGGGCAGCAACAGAACUCUUAGUGGCUACUUCACACUUGAAUGCCCUGGGCCACAUCUUAAUGCAAUAUACACAGAGAAAGGGGGGUUCAUUAGUGCUGCAAGAGUGCAUAUCCUUAUGCCACUGUAGUGAUUGGCAUGAUGGCAGAGUCUAGGAGCUGCCACUCUCCCAAGGAAGCCUGUAAUGACAUUUUUAUCCUUAUUUGAAAACAGAAACUGGCUGCACUGAUAGCACUGGAGUGCUGCCUAUCCAUUGCCCAGGUGCAGCAUGGGCAAUGCCCAUGCUAGUUCCCUCCACUCUCUUUCUUCAGCGUACCUCAACCCUGCUCCGCUAGGAACAGUGCUACGGUUGGGAAGAGUUUGGUGACUGUGGCCUACUCAGGCUUUAGGCGUUUUGCGGAAAUAAAUGGUUCUCAGUUUUCCAAAUGAGGCUUGUGUCAGGAUCACAAAGAAAGUGCCUGACAAGGACAUACCUUGGGUUCCUCUAAAGUAGGGUGUCCUUCCUUGAGGGGGAGGGGGCUACAACAAGGAUGACCGCAUGUUGGCAGGAGAGCUUAACGUUACGGACACAUUUUAACCAAAAAUUGUGAUUGUGUUCAGUUACAAAUCACAGGAUCCUCUUGGAGGAAAACUAUUGGAAAUGCUAUUUAACAGACAUAACCGCU